AUGGAUGGUUCUCAAGUUUGUUUGGUGAUAAGUUUGGGAGUGGGAUUAAUGGAGGAGUUGAGUUCUAUGUGGAUGGUUCUUUUGGGCACGACUACCUUUCUUGGUGUCUUUGUGACUCUGAAGUGGCUUCUGAGUAGUGUAAACCGGUGGCUUUACGAAACCCCUUUAGGGGAAAAGCGGCACCGUCUCCCUCCUGGUGACUUGGGCUUGCCUUUCAUUGGCAACAUGUGGUCAUUUCUCAAAGCCUAUAAAUCCUCUCAGCCUGAAACCUUCAUCGACUCCUACGUUUCCAGAUUUGGAAAAAUUGGAAUGUACAAGGCUUUCAUGUUUGGGAGUCCUAGUAUAAUUUGUACGGUGCCUGAAGCAUGCAAAAGAGUUUUGACAGAUGACGAUACAUUUCAGCCCGGUUGGCCUGUGUCCACCGUUGAACUUAUGGGAAAGAAAUCAUUUGUUUCCAUAUCUUUUGAAGAGCACAAGCGUCUGAGAAAAUUGACAGCAGCUCCGAUCAAUGGUCAUGAUGCAUUGUCUAUGUUCAUACCAUAUAUUGAGGACAUAGUUAUAACUUCUUUGGAAAAACUGGCCACCAUGGGACAAAUAGAAUUUCUAACUCAACUCAGAAAAAUUACAUUCAAAAUUAUCAUGUACAUCUUUCUUAGCACAGAGAGUGAGUCUGUGAUGGAGGCUCUAGAGAAGGAAUAUACAAACCUCAACCAUGGAGUUAGAGCCAUGGCAAUCAAUAUCCCGGGAUUUGCUUACCAUAAGGCACUUAAGGCGCGGAGAAAUCUUGUUGCCAUUUUUCAGUCUAUCGUAGAUGAGCGAAGAGCUCAAAACAGGGCUGGCAAUUUCCUCAGAAAGAAGAAAGAUAUGUUGGACGCUCUGUUGGAUGUUGAAGAUGAAGAUGGAAGAAAACUAACCGAUGAAGAAAUCAUUGACAUAAUGCUAAUGUACUUGAAUGCUGGCCAUGAGUCCUCUGGCCAUACUAUGAUGUGGGCGACUGUUCUUCUACAAGAACACCCGGAAGUGUUCCAGAAAGCCAAGGUAGAGCAAGAAGAGCUUUUAAAUAGGAGGCCACCAACACAAAAGGGAAUGACACUUGAAGAAUAUCGAGAAAUGGAAUAUCUUUCUAAGGUGAUCGAUGAAACUCUUCGGUUUAAUUCAUUUUCACUUGUGGUGUUUCGAGAGGCAAAAAUGGAUGUCAACAUAAACGGUUAUAUCAUUCCAAAGGGCUGGAAAGCUUUGCCCUGGUUUAGGAGCAUCCACUGGGAUCCCGAAAUAUAUCCAAAUCCAAGAGAAUUUAACCCGUCUAGAUGGGAUAACUAUACACCAAAAACUGCAACUUUUAUUCCCUUCGGAGCUGGAAGCAGGCUGUGCCCGGGAAAUGAUCUUGCUAAGCUGGAAAUUGCUAUUUUCCUUCACCACUUUCUUCUUGGUUAUGAGCUGGAGCAAGUUAAUCCCAAGUGCCCAAUGAGGCACUUGCCUCAUCCUAGGCCAAAAGACAACUGCUUGGCAAGAAUCAAGAAAUGUGCACGUUCAUGUGCAUAA